AUGGUGGUCCAGCGGGACAUCCUCCCGAUCCCGCUGGACCUGGCGACUGCGCACUUCGAGCGGCGCAACCACAAUGCAUGUUUUUCAAAUUCCCGAGGUCGGCGGAGUCGGGGCCGCCAGCAGCUGGCCGUCGAGCUGUGGACCUGCGAGGUCGUCGCGGCGCUCAACUUCCUCAACGGGCGCCUGGGCGGCGACGGGUUCGACAAGCUAUCGGUGGCGCAGCUCACUGGCAUCGAGUCGCUCUACGGCCACUUGUUGGAGUUCGGGCCUCCUGAUGUCAGUCUCACGGCGGCCUACACUGAGCUGCGUGGUUGUUCUCCUGGGUACGACAUGUCCCCAGCGAAAGCGGUUCUGUUCACCGAAGGGAGCGUCGCGGUGCCUUCGGACUCCAGGAAGUGCGAGCCCGCCUACCUGUUGUCGGAGUCCGUGCGCGACUUGUGGCAGGACUGGGAGAAGCAUCUCUUGCGCCCUCGUAAGGAGUGGCUUGCCAAUGUACCACCUCACUUCGACGCCAGGUUGAAGAGCUCGCCGAAGCUCUACGCCAGUUUUUUGCACGAUUUGUUCAAUGCGGGCAUGAUCGAAUUCACCAGCGAGCGCAAGCACACGCUCGCGCCGUUCUUCGUCGCCAAGCGGGACGGGAGCGGCCAGCAGCGGAUGGUUCUGGACACCCGGCGUGUCAAUCGUAUGUUUUAUGACCCCGACGUCGCCGAGCUGCCGACGGCAGGCAGCUGGCAGAGCCUACGGCUCGGGGCCGACAGCAGCCUCUUCCUCGGUCAGUGUGACAUCGAGGCAGCCUUCUAUCGCUUCCUUGCACCGCCUGGUCUGAGCGAGCUGAUGGUUCUUCCGAGUAUCGAUCGCGGUGCUCUUGCCAACGUGCUGCCGAGCGGCACUCUCGACGGCAUCGUCGGCCGCAGGUGUUCGCCUUGUCUGAAGGUGCUGCCCAUGGGCUGGAACUGGAGCUUGUUCUUCUGCCAGCACGCCGUUGAGGGUAUGCUGAGGACGGUAGGCAUCGGUGACCACAGGCUCGUUCACGAGAGGAAGGUGAUUCCCGACCUCGAGGGCGAGACCGUCGCCGCCGCCUACGUCGACGGCGUCGCCGUGAUCGGCUCCAAGUACGACGAGGUGGUCUCUCAGCUGGAGACGGUGUACGGCGCUUUCAACACGGCGGGCCUCAAGUGCAAGGAGAUGGAGCUGCCGAGCGAGCACCAGAAGUUCACAGGUCUGAUCUUUGACAGAGAGUCUGGAAGGAUAUCGCUGGGCCGAUCGCGGAUGUGGAAGAUCCGCCAGGCGCUGCUGUGCCAGGCAUCCCAGCGUUACGCCACGGGAAAGGAGCUGGCCAGCCUGGUCGGACACUUCAACUGGGCGGCCCUUCUCCGCCGACCACUCCUGUGCAUCUUCCAGUCGACGUAUCGGUUCAUCAAGAAGGCGGGUGACAACCGCUGGAGGAGAUGGCCCGAGGUGAUUCGCGAGCUGCGAGUCGCCGCCGCUCUCGUGCCCUUCGCCUACUACGAUGCGAAGCGGCCCGUGGACUCGACGGUCUACUCCACCGACGCUAGCACGGGCGACCUCGACCCCGCGGGCAGCUUGUAUGGCGGCUACGGGGUCACCAAGCGGGAGCUCGGCCAGCAGCUGGUGUUGGAGACAGCUCGGGUUCGCGAGCGGUGGCGGUACCACGUGGAGGGGGCCCUGCACGCUCGGGAGUUCGCCUUUGCCGCUCGCGACACCUCGGAGGCUCCAUUCGACGGGAUGUCCUUUGCCACUGUGAGCUCGGACGUCGUCUUCCCGAUGGAGACCUGGCGGAACGUGACCUUCGGCCGCUGGUGCCGCGAGGAGAACAUCCUGAGGCUCGAGGGGCGUGCCCUCGCGCUGGGCGUGCGCCACAAGAUGCGCGCCCUGCGGUCUCGGGGUCAUCUUCACCUCAUGCUUAAUGAUAACCUUUCUCUGGUACUGGGAGUGGAAAAAGGUCGGUCCGCAUCCCCUUUGAUCAAUCAGACCUGCAGAGAGUUGUGCAGCUACAGCGUCAUUCAUGACAUGUCCGUAGCCGUGAGAUGGCUACCUUCGGAGUGGAACACCUCAGACAAAGGCUCACGCACCGUGACGGGCCAGCCGACUCCCUUUGCAACCGACCCGCGGAAUGUUGGCACGGCCUGGGCUAGCCUCGCUCGGGCGGCCGCUGACGAGAAGGCAAAUCGGGCGAAGCUCAGAGUCAUGAAGUUCGGCGGAGCCAACUGCGACCCUCGGCAUGGGCUGACCUUCUUGCAGAGGCACAAGGUGCGGGAGGCCACCAUCCGCAGCUUCGACAACCACGUGACCAGCUUCCUGGCCUGGGCCGCCGCGCCGUCGCUGGACGACAUCACGGCGGACCGCCUGGACGUCCUCCUGGCGGCCUACUUGGACAAGCUGUUCUGGGAGGGGGAGCUGGCGGAGACGGGCUCGCGGCUGCUGGCGUCCGUGCAAUACAGGCUGCCGCGCGUGCCGCGACCGAGGCACGGCGGCCUUCCGCUGGCGCGGGCCGCGCUCUCUGGCUUUCGAGUGCACUCGAGGAGCACCCCGAUGACGCCCGUCGGGAAGCCGAUCGUCUGGGCGCUGAUCGGGAUCGCCGCGCUCGAGGGGGACUUCGAGUGGGCGGGGGCGGUCGCGCUCGCAUGGGACGCGAUGAUCCGCCUCCCGAGCGACCUCGUCGGCAUGACGGUCGACACGCUGGUGGGCCCAGGCCGCGAUGCGGAGCCCCGCUGGGCGCUGUUGCUGUACCCGAUCGAGGGAUCAGCCUGCAGCAAGUCGCUCGCGCAGGGCGAGGGCGUGCUGCUGCGGAGCGCGGCCUGGCGUGGCGGAGGCGGGAACUUCCUGAAGCUGCUCCGCGCGGCACGGCCCGCUGGGUCGCCCCUGUGGUCGUUCAGCGCAGCGACCUUCGGUGCCGAGUUCCGACGACGGCUGUCGCUGGUCCCAGGCGCGCCCGACAUGAUCCCGCACCAGAUGCGGCACUCUGCAGCGUCGCACGCCACGGCGGUCGAGGGCAUGCCCCUGGCCGAGCUGCAGGCGCGUCUGCGCCACACGAGUGCGCAGAGCACGGCUCGGUACUCACGGCACGUGCGCUACCUCGCGGAGCUCGAGAAGGUCGACGCCGAGGUGUCGGAGUGGGCCCAGGAGGUCGAGGACAGCAUAGGCCAGAUCCUCGGCCAGCAGCGGCGGCCACGGCUUCCUCGCUUUCUCAAGGUGGAGGCGCUGGCGUUCGACAGCACGUCUGGCAACCCGGGACAGGAGGCGGGCUACCGCGAGGAGGUGGAGGCGCGCGGGAUGGACGCGCCUCCCGCCGGGGCGGUCCUCAGCGAGGCGGGCAGAGUCAGGGCGCUGACGGAGCUGAUGAAGGGCAGGCAGGUGAGCGUCCGGCUGCUCUGCAGGGAGUUCUCGACAAAGUACCCCAGAGAGGCGUCGAGCAUGUUUCUGGAGUCCUGGAUGGCACGGCGCAAGGAUGUCUUUAAGCUCGGGUGGAGAUAUGACGUGCGGGUGGUGGAGGCCGUGGACAAUCGUGAGGAGGGGCCGGCGAAGGACAGAGGCACCGAUACGGUGGAAGCGGAAGAGCAGGAUGGCAGCGAGUGCGGCGAAGAUGAAGAUGAAGCAGGCAGCGACGCGGCCCCGAGUGGGGAAGGAGGAGGAGGAGGAGGCGAAGGAGAUGGAAGGGGUACCCCCACCACCAAUCCACCGCUCAUCGUCCACAGCUUGGCGCAAUACGCGCUUCAGUACGACGGCCUGUCUUCAGGUCGAGGAGUGCUGGGGCGUGUCUCCUGCGCUACCGACACGGCAACGCUGGCUGCUGCAUUUGACCGGUAUAUUCGAGAGCAUGGGUUCCUGAGAGCUGACUAUGUCCGCGGGCUGAUUGAAGCGACCUGCAAGGACAGGAGGAUUACAGAGGACGAGCUCUUCGCUGAUCCAUUUGUAGGGGCGAUGGUUGCAGGCGUCGCAAAGAUGCUGCUCCUCAUUGAUGCAACUGUAUUGAUUUGCUUUUCGACCCAAGUUCUACUAACUCUGUAUGACUUGGAGUGCGCGAUCAUGCGUCACAGGCUCUUUUUCGGCAAGGACCGGCUGGAAGACCACUGCCUGGGAAAGUUGCAAUACCACCCGGAGGUUGCCAGACAAUUCAGGCUGGACAUGUUGCCCGAAAUACCCAGGGAGUACCCAGUGCUUUCUGCUCCUGAGCUGAUCAGGGAGAUGUUUGACGGGAGGCUCAUUCGGAAUGCGGGAGCAAACAGAGGCAGAUACGCUCCCCGCGCGGUAAGUAUCGCACAGAGGCUAGAGAAGAUUGCGCUGGCUCGGGGGCUCAAGGACUUCCGAGCCAUGGGGGUCUAUAUACAGGAGGAUUCUUUUAUCGACCAGAUGGUGCCGUCGUCGAUGGCCCGCAACAGGCUCCUCAAGAGCAUGCUACUGCAAAGCGGCUCCCUGCCUGUGCUGGAGGCAUUGUCUCACUGGACAGCCCUGGCUGGCCCAGAUGCCCGACUUCAGUACCUGGAAGCGCUCGCAGAGCUCAGCGAUCGAGGCUCCCAGAGGAAGUUCCUGGCCAGGAUGAGGAAGAAAGGCGAGAUGAUGCAUGGUCCGUCCGAAGAGGCGCUCACGGAAGAUGCGCUGCACCAGGGCUCGAGGCCGGACAGGAUGGCCAAGCAGGUCCGCGCGUACGUCGACGGCAUCUUCUACCGGCUCGUCGGGUUCCCGUCGGCGCGCUCCGCGGAGGCAGGGCAGGUCGCGGCCGAGGUGGUCGCGGCCGAGGCGGCUCCGCGCUCGGCGGUGGAGGGCGAGGCCGAGGUUGGCGGGGAUGGCGAGGGCGCGCUGGGGCAACCAGAGCGCGGCGGAGCCGGUGAGAGUCCGGAGCAGCUGCGAGAGAGGCUUGCCAGGGAGCUGGUCGAGAUCGUGCGCCGAGCCGCCCUUGGCGAGGCGGACGCGCCUGCAGGGUCCCCCGGAGCGCUGCUGCUGGCGGUGGGCCGCGGGGAGGAGGCGCUGUGCCGCCGGCUGGGGGUGCCUCAAUGGACCCAGGUGGGCCUGGACUGCAGCUACGGCGCUUUCGUGGCGCAGCAGAGCGGCAAGCUCGCGGAUGCUGCUGGGCGCGCCGGGAGCUUCCCGGGCCUCGAGGGCGACGUGGCGAGGCUCUGCGCGAAGCUGGCCGCCGCCGGGGCCGAGGAGCGCCUCGUGGCCCGAGCGGCCAGCAGCCACUUCGGCGCGUUGCUGGCGCCCCGCGACCUGCGAGGGGCGGUGGCCGCGGCGCGGGCGGAGACGCCGGGCGCCCCGCCAGGGCGCGCCUGCCCCGUGGUGCAGCUGGCCGCCGUGCUGGCGGCUCGUGGGCUGCACGACGCCCUCGAGACGGAGCCGCCGCGCGAGGCGCCAGGUGGCGACCCCGCGCUCGCGGCAGAGGCCGCGGCCGCGCUGCGGUCGGUGCCGCCCCUGCUGGAUCUGGGCGAGGCGCUGCCCCUCUGGCCUGCCGACUUCGGGCGGGCGCUCGGCAGCCUGCCCGAUUUCCUGCGGUCGGGCGCGUUCGCGGCCGCGGGCGGCGGCGGCGCCAUCCGCGUCGUGGAGGUGCGGCGCGGCUCCUUCGUGAGGCUGCCCGCGCCUGGGGACUGCAGCCUGUCGUCCUUCGAGGAGGCCAUGCGGGAGUACGACGCGCGCCGCGCCGCGGCCGUAUUGCUGGCCCUCUUCCUCGAGGAGAGCCCGCCGUCGGACGCGCUGCAGUCGGCGGCGGGCCGCCAGUACGGCGCGUGGGCGUCGGACGGAGAGGGCGCGCCUUUGCAGGCCGAGCUCUUCCUGCUGCGGGCCACCGCUGCGCUGCCGAGGGAAACGCCCGCGAGCGUGCUCCGGGCGCUCGGCUCGGGCUACGUGGCCCUGCAGCGACCGCGGCAGGCCCUCGCGGACGCGGCGGCGACCGUGGCCGCGGCAGAGCCCUUGGCCGCCGCGCCCGCGGCCGCGGCCCUCGGCCGCCUCGGGCGCUGCUUCGGCGUGUCCGAGUGGUCCAAGCCGCCCUGGGGCGCACCGGGGGCGACGGCGGCGGCAGAGCUCGUGGCCGCGGGGCCCUCCGAGGCUGGGCCGGAGGCCGCGGCGGCAGAGCCGGCGGGGGCCUUGGGGAAGGGCGGCGCGGCGGGGGCGGCCUCGGCUCCGCCCGCCGCCGUCGCCGCGGAGCCGGCCGCAGACGGCGUCGCCGAGCGGGGCGGACGGGGCGCGGGCGCCGCCGCCCGUUCUGGGUGGCGCGCCGAGCUGCCAGGGGAUGUCGGAGAGGCGGCUGGCGCACAGGGCUCUCCCGAGCAGCAGAACGCGCGCGUGUGCGGAGACAUCGCGCGGCUCAAGAAGGUCGACCUCUUCGACGUGGACCUGGUGACCCGGUCGUGGCUACGAGAGCCGGCAGACGAUGGCAUCCGCUCUUUGCAUGCAACGGUGCAGGGCGCAGUGAGGAGGUUAUCUGAGGACUUGUACAGCGGGGAUGCCCACUACCUGCUAGAGCUCAUCCAGAAUGUGGACGACUGCAGCUACCCAGAGGGCUCCACUCCCGAACUCCGCCUCACCUACGAAUGUCGUCAGGAGCGCUUCGGACAGUUGACAUCGCUCGCAGCCCACCGCGGCGCACGAGACGAGGCGGAUGCGCUGCUGAUCUUCGAACACAACGAGGUGGGCUUUACAGAGGAGAACGUGCGAGCCAUCUGCGACAUCGACCAGUCCACCAAGCUGGCUACUGACAAACGCUUUAUCGGCGCGAAGGGAAUCGGGUUCAAGUCUGUGUUUCUGGUGACUUCUACGCCAGUGCUGCACUCGGGCCCCUUCAAUUUCCUCUUCGAUGCCGACGCGCUCAACGGGCUCGGCUCGCUGCUACCGUUUCCAUUGUCGGCGCCCGAAACGCCAAGCAGAGGCACGCGGCUGGUGAUGCCGCUGCGGACCAGCCGCGGGCCACUGCGGAGGCGCCGCCUCGGCGCGAAGGACGUGGCCAGGCGGGCGCUGCGCGACGUGCAGCCCGCGCUGCUGCUGUUCCUGCGCCGCCUCGAGAUGAUCAAGGUCAGGGACCACGAGACGGGCCUGAGCAGGGACAUGUUUCGCCGAGUCACCCGCCUGAGGGAGCACGGGUGCCAGGAUUGCCAGGAAGUGGAGCUGACAACCCUCGAGUCUGGGGCCGAUGGGUCGGGCCGCGCGCCGCGCGCAGCCAGCCAGCAGCGCCACUGGGUGCAGCGGUGGUUGGUGCACACGACAGCGCUCGACGCUCCCACCGGGGGGGACUACGCGCAGCCCGCGAAGGCUGAGCUCAAGCUGGCUUUCUGCCUCGACACCCCCGCGGGCGAGGCGCCCCAGCAGGAAGCCUUCGCCUGGCUGCCGCUCCGGCGCUACGGGCUGAAGUUCAUCACCCAGGCAGACUGGCGCGUGCCCUCCUCCCGCGAGUCCAUCGUCGAGAGCCACCCCUUCAACCAGCGAGUCCGGGAGGCCAUCCCCGGCGCGUUCGCCUCCGCCGCCUCCGCCUUCGCGGCCGCCGCGGCGCUCGCGCCGCUGUACCGUGCGGUGCCGGGACGGGGGGACGCCGUGGACUUCUUCGGGCCAGUCCCAGGACGGGUGCUGCUGGAGCUCGGGGAGGUGGCGUGCGUCAUCGUGCGCGUCGGCCAGCGCGAGGGCCCGCUGCCAGAGAAGCGGUCCGCCGCCCGCGGGGACGGGCUGGCGGAUGAGGGCGGCCGUGGUGGAGGCGAGGGCGCGCCCCGGCUCGCCGCCGGCGGCCGCGGGGGCCGCGCUGCGGCGGCAGAGGGCGAAGGCGCGGCGGAGGGUGAGGGCGCUGGUGGCGGAGGCGAGGGCGCGCCCCUGCUCGCGCUGUCGCGGCCGCGCGGGGCGGUCUGGCCGCGGCCCGGCCACGGGGUGCUGCCGGAGUCGUUCGGCCUCUGCCUGCUGGACCUGGAGGAGCUGCUGAACGGCGCGGGCAGGUACCUGCUGGCCGCCCCGCUGCCCGCACGGGUCGCGGAGGGCCUGGGGAUCGCGGGCCUCGACGUGCAGUUGCUCGGGAGGGGUUCCAGCCGGCCCCUGCGGCUCCAGGUUGCCUUGGAGAAGAGGCUGGUGGAGCUUGACGGCAAGAUCCAGGACACGCAGGACCACAAGGACGCCAAGGCGGGCGACCUCUCCGCCCAGGUGCCGAUGCAGCUGCUCGUCCUGGAGUCGCCAAAUUUAGCAAGCACAUCUUACUCGAUUGUCCCAAACGGGGUUGUCAAGGAUUGCAGCUACAGGUCUGUCAAGCAGUACACUUCAGGAAGGGAGCUUUAUCAGGUCUCCGCCAACAGCAACAUCCAGUACUGCAAUGCAUGUGCAGCGAUAGAUGUGUGGUGGGCUGCGAUCUUCCUCACUGAGCAGUUUCUGCGCAGCAGGAUCCAGGAGCUCCAGGAGGAGGUGGCCGAGCUGCGCGGCAGGCUGCGCGAGCAGGAGAGCGAGCGCUUCUCGAGGGGGCCGCGGCCGGAGCAGCAGCAGCAGCCGCGGCGGCCCUGGGGCGGCGCGCGCGGCUAG